GGUUCAAAUGUCCAUGUGACCUGUGACCACACCCAAAUAGAUUCACCUGCAGAUGCUUCACCACUUGCAACCAUAUGACAUGCCACUGCUUUGUGAUUGUGACAACUUGCUUCAGGAUUUGCCUCACAUAGUGCUGGUGGUGGUAACAAGUGGACUUGGAGACUCUGUGGCCUUAAAGCCUGCCAGGAGUCCAGUACUAAUGCUAUUGGAGUCAAAUCCCCGUUCAAUGAUGCUGGCGAGCAUGAUCUUGAUGCCAGUGACAUGCCAAUGGAUGCACUUCUUGACUAUAUGGCUUCCAGGGGUGAACAGGUCCAUUCUGACUGCCAUAUCAAUGCAGAUGGUGGACUUUCAUGUGCAAACCACUCCAAAGUCUAUGAUGUGGGUGACAUUGCUGCUGAAGAUGUGGAAGGUGGCUCAAACAGUGUUCCGAAGGUUGAUUAUGGGCAUGGAAAGCAUAGACACAUCACAAAUUCGAUGUAUAAUGAUUUUUGGUCCCAUUAGUGCACAACCUAUGUUUUUCCUAUGUUUUUUUCUGAAUAUCACAAAUUAGCUUCGUCCUGCCAAAAUUCAUGUGACAGUCACACC